AUGUCUUCGCCAAGUUCAACACGACCUCCACCUCGUAGGAAGAGAUUUAUUCCUAAUUAUGAUGUUCCUGGUGUAUACACAGUAACUCUUGGUGAUGAAACACAACAUCAAAUCGAAAUGGCAAUCGGUUUUCAAAUUAAUGCCCAAUAUCCAUGGAAAAUGGUGAGUAAAGCAAAGAUCAUGGAAAAUAUCAAUGUAGGCGUAGAACUUUCCGAAUUCUACACUAUAAGGGAACAUAUUGAGGAUUAUCCAGAAGAAGAAUUGCUCAUGGGUUACAUAGUAGAUGAGUCGAAGAAUAUUGAUGAAUUCUAUGUAUGUUGUACAAUUGAGGCAAGGGAUCAUUGUUCGCAACAAUCUCAAAAAUUUAUUAGACGUCAGGAAAAGAAAUUAGAAAAAGCAGUUCAAAAGAAACCUAGACCAUGGAUAAGUUUAGGAAGUGAAGCAGAAAUAUCUGAAUUGGAAGUCGUCAAUACCAGGAAUUUAAUGGAGUUGGAAAUAAAAGCCAAAUUUCCUACUGAGUAUCAACCUGAAGCAUUUCAUACUAGAGAUACGGAAAAGGUAAGAGAUGGUCUCAUAGAGUUAACACCAUAUCGGCAAAAAUUUAACAAUGUUUAUGCAAAAAGAGUUGACUGUGGAUCUCAAAUUACAUAUCCUGUGCUUAAUAAUGUAGCACAAACGCAACUGAGAUAUCCACAAAACAAGUGGACUCAAUCUAUCGCUGAUGUUUUAGGUAAAAUAGGUGAUAUCGAUGGAGGUGGCGAUGCAGGAAGAUUUGAAGAUCUCGAUGAUGAUGAUAGAAGCUCAGAUGACGAAAAUAUUUUGAAAAAAGAAUCCUUUGAUGAAGUAGGUUUAAUUGCCUAUAGGAAUGCAAUGAAACUAAUGCGUCGCAAGUCGUAUAUAAAAAAAAUUAACAAAUUUGUUUACUCUAAAUCAAGUGAACUAGAAUCUAUGGUAGAACUUAAUGCAGUAAUGGAUAUGUAUUAUAAUGAUUACCAAAACCUUGUUAGUCAAGAACAUUUGGAAAAUCUUGGUACUAUGGUAUUCGAUGAGUAUGUUUGCUUUACAGAUGUGAGAGCUAAAGAGAAAUAUGUAUCAUGUGCAGCAUUUCAUCCCAUGUGGUCUGGUAUUGUUGCCAUUUCCUAUGCAGACGUAUCGCCAACCGUUAUGAAAUCAUUUUCGUCAUCUGUGCCCCGUGAUAUAAUACGAAGAGCUGUUUACGGUUUAAACCCUGUUAUGAUUUGGAGCCACAUAGACAGCUUAAUACCGAAAUUAUACUUGGAAGCACCACGUGAGGUCAAAAUACUUUCAUUUUGCCCAUUUAAUGAAAACAUUUUAAUUGGUGGUUUAAUUAAUGGACAAGUUUUGGUAUGGGAUUUAACUCACAAACUAGAAAAUGUGGAAAAAAUUGAAGUAUUAAGUGAAACAAGAGAAAAAUACCGAAUCGCAAUGAAUGCGCAUAUGGGAUGGAUGAAACCAGUUCAGGACAGGGCGGUAGUAAGUGCUACUGCUUGUAGUAAUUUAAUGACUUGUCAUUUGGCACCGGUUACGGGAAUCAAAUGGGUGCCGCCAAAUUAUUUAGUCACACCUACUGGAAAAACCAUAAAGGCACCUGACGAUAAAUCACCAUUACAGUUUAUGACAACCUCUGAAGAUGGAACAAUUUUAAUUUGGGAUAUAUCAGUAGAUAGCACGUUACUACUGAGCGUUAAGAAAAUAAAGAAAUCGAAGAGAAUUGCGCAUAGACCUUCAGAUUUACUUGUAGAUAUUUCACCUCUUAAGGUGUUAGACCGUAUUCUGCAGCCGAUAUAUAAAAUAAUUAUAGGUGAAGCAGGAAAAUCUUCCAUAUAUUCUAUAAAGAGUUUUGCAGCAACACCACCAAGUGUUAAAUAUAUUUACACUCCCAGAAAUAACGGAAGUGGUAGAAAAUAUUUUACUUGUGAAAUCCAAGAACUGGAAGGAAGAAGGAACGAUGUCUAUCUUGGUACACAAACUGGUGGACUAACACGUGCAACUUGGGAAGGACAUGAAUUUAAUACAGGUGAAGUGGUUAACGCCGAGUUCAGCGACAUAAAAUUUUGUUGUAAUAUACAUGAUGGACCUAUAGUAGCCACUCACAAAAAUCCUAAUAUGGAUUCUGUUACUUUGACUGUAGGAGGUAAAAUAUUCGCAAUAUGGUCUGACCAUUUAAAUGGUCGACCAAUAAUCUGGAAAAGGCGUCCAUACCGAUUGACAGAUGGAGUAUGGUCACAGUACAAACCAAGUGUAGUAUUUCUUGCAAAUUCUGAAGGGGCCCUUGAAACUUGGGAUCUUGUUUUAAUAAGUGACAAACCUGUUUCUGUACAAACGCUCUCAGGAACUAUGCUAACAGGUGUUAGCUUACAUACAUUGCCUUUAACUAAAAAUAUAUUAGGUGUAAGUGAUGUCAAUGGUUCGUUUAGGUUGUUUAUAUAUCCACCCGUAUUUAUGUUAGUAAAACCGAAGUAUAUACAUCGCAUGAAGGCCCUGGUUGAACGAGAAUUGAAAGUUAUAAGAUCUUAUAUUACUUGGCAGGCUGAUUUUGUGAAAAAGCACCCAAAUAUUUUGCUGGAGAUAAAACAAAAAGAAGGUUUAAUUCUAGCUGAAAAGGAAGAAGAAAGGCGAAGGGCAAAAGAAGAAUUAGAGAAACAACAAGAAGAAGAAAAUGAAGUCAAAAGAUUGGAGAGAUUGAAAUAUAUAGGGCCCGAGGAAAGAUGGCAAAAAACAAUUCAAAAGUUAAUAGAAAGAACAAUUGCAGUAAAAAAAAGAAUUAACAGAGCAUUGUUAUUUGAACAAGAGAAACCUUUAAGAGAAUUAGAAGCACAGCGUUUGGUAAAGGCAAGAAGGAUGUUAGAAAUAAUGAAAAAUCAGAAAGCUAUUUUUAAUGACACUGUAGCUAUUCUUUUUCCAGAGGCAAUUAAGAAACCAUUAAAACCAAGAAAAAGUUUAAUUACAGAUAAUAAACCGGCAAUGAAAAAGGAAUACAUGGAAGAUUAUAAACAUAUAAACAUAACUGCAUCUAAAAUGGUACGAAAUAAUCCGUACAUAGCAAAAUUUUCCUGGGAAAGCACUUUCGCUGAGGGUAAAGAAAGAAGGGCUUCUCUAUUCUACAAAAAUGACUAUGUAAAAUUGCAUUUUUCAAGGAUUGAGGAGGAAAUGAAAGAGGAUGAUGACCAGUAUGACAUCACACUAUCUGAAUCAAAACAAGAAAGCAAAGUUAUAAGUAGUUCAGCGUCAUUUAAGAAGUCCUUCCUGGACUUAAUUUAG